CUUUAAAGAAUGUUUUCUUACCAUAAUAGAAACUGUGUAUCUUUUUUACAAAGAGAGAAACUACUUUUAGGAUAAGUAUUUUAAUCUUAGUAAAUCAUGUUAGUUAUAGGAAUAAUAAGAAAACUGAAAGUAUGUUCUAACUGAGAACACUUGAACAAUGGAGAGUCAAUUUUGAAUGUCAGCUUUUUGUCUUCCCCUUGGAAAAUGCCAUUUCUCUCUUCCCUUGGAACAGGUGGCAGUGUCUGACUUCUGCAGGGAAAGAGGGAAGACAUAGGAGAGGCUCUAUUUCUCUGUGAAUGAGUAAAAAACAAGGCAUGAAGAGAACACUGAAGUGAAAACUAUCCAGAAAGGGACAACAGGAAAUCCACCACUCUCUUGGGACCUCAUUUUGGAGAGAAAGAAAGAGAAAACUAAAUGCUGGUCCCUAAACUGACUUAGAUCGCUGGCAACUGCACAUCAAGAAAAAUCUAAGAGAAACUCUCCCUUUCUCAGCAGUGGCCCCAACUUGCAAGAAAUUCUUUCUUAAACAAAGACUUGUCACAUCCUCCUUUUGCUGGAAAAAAGACUUGUCUUGAGCUUUUCAUAUUGAGGAAAUGUGUGUGCUGGUAGAAGCAGUAGCUGAGUUGCUGUUGGUUCUGAGUGUGGUGUGGCGUUCCAGUGCCCUCUGUUCACCCACUGUGUUUUACAAGAAUUGUUGGAUCCGACGCUUUCCAGGUUUCCUAAUUGACCUGGAGGAGUCUCAAAAGUUUGGAGCUCGGUUCCUAAAGUAUUACUCAGAAAGCACAGGCCAGAAGUGUGGAAGGAACUGUUGCCUUAUGAAGGAUGCUCCCUGCAAUCUGGCUAUUUUCUUCCAUGAUCCCAUCCAUGACAAUGUCAACUGCCUUCAUGUUUACUGCCCAACCUUGGAGAGUUGCAUCUUACAGCCUAAGCAUAGUGCCAUCCUGUACAACGUCACAGCAGGUAUUGAUCCAGAUUUGCUUGUUUUUCAAAAAUCUUCUACCAAAAAUUUAAAUACACGGUCUUCAUUUAAUAGCUGGAAUGGGCUAAACAACAUAAAGACCAUGAAUUUAGAGAAACAUUCUAUUUUGGUAAACCCCACGUUACUGUCAGUAGAUGCUCCAACUUCAACUAUAUCAACAUAUCAAGAUAUAGUCAUAAAUACCAGCAAUAUCAGUUUCUCCAGUGCCAUAACCACAGAUUCUUGGACAACAUCCAUUCCACUGAAUGACUUAGUUACCACACAGAUAAAUAUGGCUUCGCCCAGUCCUGAUCUCUUCAAUAAUCCAAGUAACAGGACAAUUUUUCCUGCAUUUAAACCUAAAGAAACAAAAGUAUUUUCACAUAUGCCUAUUCCAGCACAUCUCAACAGUAGCAAACAGCUGUUGAAUGAAACCAAAUGGGACAACAGUAAAUACUGCACUUCAGAAAAUGAAGAACAGAGGCCAGCUGAAGAAUCUAUGGCUUUAAACACAUGGUUGGUACCUGUAGCACUCUGCAUAUCCAUCAUCCUCUUUUGCUCUUGUCUGGUCUUCCUUGUAUCAGGAUGCUGCCCAAAAUGACAAGGCCAUUAUAAACCAACACGCAAUGAAAUAUACUACUAAAAAGGGAAGAUUGUGACAAGACUUAAUGGUGCAAAGAUGAUGAAAAACUUUUAAAGUUUACUUCAUUGUCAGUAUAUAACAAGGAAUAGUAGAAAGCAGGUUGGAUUUGGAAUCAGUAAGAAUUGAGUUUGAAUCUUCUUCAGACAUUUGACUGAGGGCAAAUAAUUUAUUCUCUCCCAAUGUCAGUUUCUUUAUCUGUAAAAUGAGAUGAUUGGACUCAGUGAACUCAAAGGCCCUUUCUAGCUCUAAAUUUCUGAUCCAGUUAUCCUAUUUAUUAAUUUAUUAGUCAUCAUACUAAUUAUUUUUUUCUCACCACACAUGAUUUCAUUAUAAGGAAGACCCAAUACAGAUAGGCACCCUCUGAGAUACUCUUUUAGUUAUACUCUAAAGUGAUGCUUUUUUGAUAAAAUAAAAAGAUCAAUGUCUUAAACAUUCUUUCUUUUAAAAUUAAAAUAAUUAAAAAUCCAUGCUUUACCUACAAGCAGGGGAGAGAGAGGGAAGAAAAACUCAUAAGAUGAUUAGGUUUAUAUCUCGGUCAAGGUAAAAUUACCUAGUGUUCCCCUGGUGUGCUUUUCUCUGGGUCUAGAAUGCCAGUCCCUCAAUCUUCCUCCCUCAAGCUACAACUGUUGAAAUCCUACUCAUUCUUUAAAGAUAGUUCAGACUUUCCUUACUCAAAUAUACUGUGAUAAUUUACAGAAAUCUGUCAUGCAUUUAUCAUAUAAUUUUUGUCUUGUAGUUAUUUUGUACAUAGAUUAUACCUCCCUAUCAGACUAUAAGAUACACGAAGGCAGAGAAGAUAUCUCAAACUUUUAUCUAACCUGAGAUGUAUCCUUCAGGAGAACAUGAAUAAAGAUUUCUUAAAUUGAACUGUUGAGAUAAAACCUUAAUUCUGUCUUCAAGUCUGUUACCUACCCCUCAGAUUACCGAUUGCCAUUUUACCUAAAAUCCCAGGUCUUCAGACAUCUCUGGUUACUCCCACACUGAGAAGUGGUUUAAUGUUCCACAGAAUGGCCCAGACACAAUGGCUUGCGAGCUCAAGACUUUAUUCCAAGUGAUCAUAUCCUACACUACUCCUGUACACUCCUGCACUCCUAUUGAAUUCCUGCUGAACUUCUAUUGAACUCCCCCUGUACUUCUUGGUUCCCAUUGCCUAUAUAGGGUCUAUGAAGUCACAUGCACAGCCAAUAAGGGAAGGAGAUGUUUCCCAUUGAUGAUGUGUCCUCGGUGCGACCAGAGCUUCCGUUCACAAGGUGGUCCUUACUAUAUCUGGGUGCCUCAGGCAUGAAAGCCUCUUUACUUCCUCUUAUAUUUUGUGAGGUUCUUCUCGGACUCUUACACAAGUCAAUCAUUUCUCCAAGCUUUGUAUAUUUGGCAAAUUAAAUAAGAAUGUUUUCUUGAUUUUCACCCAAGCCAUGGAUAAAAAUAGUGAAUAGAAGCCUGAAUAAAAAUUCCUAUGAACUCUGUAAAAAUUGUGUCCCCUUUAAUCUGUAAAAUAAUCACUGAAACUGUGUCCCCUUUGAUCUACAAAAGAUGAGAAAUUCAAGGUCUCCCAGGCUCCAGAGAGUCUGGAAGAAGGCAUAUUUUUCAGACAGAGAUAAGAACAUUAUUCAAUUGGAAAUCUCGGGCAAAUCACCCUCUCCCCCAUUGAUCUUUUUGGGUAGGAAUCCCCAUUCAGGAAACUCUAAAUUCUGAAAGCAAAACAAAACAAAACAAAAACCUUCAAAGUAAUUUCAUUCAAUUGGGAGAUCCUGGUCUGAUAAUCAAUUCAAACUGCCCCAAGAUUUGCUCAUAAAAUAGAUUUCUGUCAACCCAUUCUUUGCAAAUUUCUUCAU